AGGUUGAGUUCAGUGAGUGGGUGUGUCAUCAUCGUCACUGACUUCUGCUUCUGGAAAUUAGUUCAUAAGAAUCGUUCGUUUAAUUAGGUCACCCAAUCAAAGAGAACCCUAACGCUAAAUUCAGUUGACAUUGUUGAAGCAUGGAUUCUCAGGUUGCAGUAGCUCUUGCUCUUUCACUUGUUGGUGGUGUCAGUACUUCUAUCGGUGCGCUUUUUGUGAUUGUCAAUCAAGCUCCCAAUCUGAAGAUGCUCGGGUUACUACAGGGUUUUGCUGCUGGUUUGAUGCUCAGCAUAUCGUUCUUUGAUUUGGCUCACAAUGCUUUGAACUCACUGGGCUUCUUGAAAGGCAACCUUUGGUUUUUUGCUGGGGUGAUAUUCUUUGGUGUUGUGGCCAGUUUUAUCCCAGAGCCAACUCUUGCUCCCACUUCUGAUGUCAAGGGCAGAAAGAAAAAUGGGGAUGAUGGAGGCAAGGAUACUUUGAAAAAGCAUCGCCGGCAGGUUUUAUUCAGUGGAAUUGUUACAGCCGUAGGCAUAAGUUUGCACAACUUUCCAGAAGGAAUGGCAGUAUUCCUUGGAUCCAUGAAGGGCCUCCGUGUUGGCAUCAACUUGGCAUUAGCCAUUGCUUUGCACAAUAUCCCAGAGGGUGUUGCUGUUGCACUUCCUGUUUAUUUUGCGACACAAAGUAAAUGGCAGGCAUUCAAAUUAGCAUCACUUUCUGGCUUCGCUGAACCCCUGGGAGUGAUAAUUGUAGCCUAUCUAUUCCCUAGCAGCUUAAGUCCUGAGAUUCUAGAAGGUUUACUCGGAUCAGUUGGUGGAGUUAUGGCCUUUUUGACCCUUCAUGAAAUGUUGCCUCUGGCUUUUGAUUAUGCGGGACAAAAGCAGUCUGUUAAGGCUGUCUUUUUGGGAAUGGCUUUCAUGUCUGCAAGGUGGGAACGACUUCUUCUCUUUUCUGAAUGUCACUAUUUCAAGUCUCAUUGUGACGUGUCUUAUGAUUCUAUCACUCGUUGCAGCAAAGUUCCUUCAGAAGGAAUCUGAGAGUGCAAAAGGACAGUAAUGCACAGUUAAUCUGUCUAGGAUAGCAAUUUAUCAGACAUCAGUGUAGAGGGAGGCAUUCCACCUAUGAUUGUGGAUUUUCCUAUAGACUAAUGUACAAAAAAACAAGAAUAAGAGUAUUCCCUCUAAUUCUUUAACCUACCCACCUUGUAUACUGUGUAUCAUCAACGAAUAUUGGACUUUAAAGUUGCACAAUUUGCUGAUA